AUGGACCGGGCACGCGCAAGGGAACAGGCCAAGGCUGAGGCCGAGAAGAAGGCCACUGCUGCGGAGCAGGUCUCGCUGGAGAAGCAGAAGGAGGCGAUCCGCGCAGCUGAGCGGAUGAACAACGCGAAGCGAAAAGCAGAAGAGGUGUCUCUGGCAAUGCAGCAGAAGCAGAAACAGGCUCACUUGAUGCAAGAAGAAGCCCAGAGGAAGAUGAGGGAGGCCGCAGAGGCGGAGCAGGCGUCCCUGGAGGCGGCCCAUGAGGCCGAUCGAUACAAGGACUACUCCGCGCAAGCAGACAGGGACUCCCAGGAAGCCUCAGUCGAAGCAGCCAGGUGUGCCAAAGAUGCUGCCGUGGCCAAGCAGGAGGCCCAAAAGUUGAGGGCGGCGACGAGCAAGGUCAUGAUUGAGGAUGAUGAGCUCUGA